GCCAAGAGAGAAAGAGAGCAUGUCUUGGACAUUCGUGUUGCAUGCCUGAAACAUGCAGAAAGGUCCCAGGUGAAUGGGAAGAAAGGCACGGUUGCGGGGAUCAGCAAGUCCUCUAACCAAUAUGAAAUGCUCAGAAAGGAGAAGGCCGAAGAAUUUUCUGAAUAUGCGGCCUUCAGAUAUGCGGAAAAGAAGAGGGCAAGGGAUCAAGGGACAGAGGACAAAGACAAAACCAUUCCCACAACAAAAGAGGAGUUUUUGGAUUUAAGACCCAAGGCAAGGAAGGUAGGCAAAAACCAGAAAAGGAAAGAGUCGAACAAGGAGCAAACAGAAAUGGAGGAAGAAUCAGAACGAACUCUCCCAGAGAAGGAAGCGGCAAUAGUGCUGUCACAGACAGAGAAAUUGAAGAGGUGGAACAAAGAAUGUUCCCCUGAAUUCACCACCAUCACGCAGAUAGCAGGGGGUCAAGUCCCAAUGGUGGUUGAGUCCGCCAAAACAGCCAGGAGAACCCUGAGGAACAUCCGGCCUCUGACUGCAGCCAGGUAUGUGGCCAAGACACGAGAGUGGCAGAUUGCCACAGAUGUAUCCUUCAAAAUCCCCCAUUUCGUAGAAGGAAUGAAUGUGAUCAAGGAACUCAAGAGGCGGAUAACAAUGGAAUCCCCACUGGGACUGUAUGAGACGGUUGCGAUGGACGAAAGCCAGAUGGACAUAUGCACACAAGAGGAUGCAGAGGGCACACAAAAGAGCGCUGGGGAGACAAAUAGGACCUCUCCAAGGGCCUUCUCUCCUCUAAUUGCCAAAAUGCCAGAAUCAACUGUAUUAAACUCAGGAAUGUUUUGGAAGUCCUGGAGGACGGUAGCUGAAGUCCCGUACAGCAUCCUGACAGAUCUAGGCAUGUCGGCAGAACUGAUGGCUACAGCAGUCGCACAUAUUAUCUCGACAAGGUUACUAGAGGGAGACGAAGAUCUGGAAGCAAGAGCUUUCCUCACAGACAGCGAGAGAUUCUACAGAAGUGAAGCUUCCGAUGAUGAAUUAUGGAAUGUUGACGAUGAAAGGGAAAAGCCCGAUUGGUUCUCUGAAUUAGAGAGAGACAUCAAUGGGAAGACAGGGAUGAGUGGAUCCAACACUCCUGGGACAGAGCUACCUUCCCUUUCGGACGAUAGUGGACUGAAGAUCUACCAGGAGACGACCGUGGAGGAUGGGAGUGUAGACAGCCCCCCCCCUCUCCCCACAUAGACACCACUCUACCUUCCAACCCCCCUAACCCGAUGCAACCACAAUU